AAAUCCCAGAAGAUGAACAGCCGGAGCCACUACGGCCCUCCCCGGGAUUCCGACUCGGACAGCAGCUACGAUGGCUUCUACUUCUCGGACGAGAUGAAACGCUCGAAACCGGCUCCCUAUGUGGAUCCCGAGCAGAAGCUCUACAAUGCCGUGCUUGACGGCGAUCUGCAGACGAUGCGGGAGGAGAUGCACAAGCUCGUCUUCCAGGUGGACCAGACCGUCAAGGGUGGACCCAAUUUGCUGAUGCUCGCCUGUCGCGAGGGGCACUACGAGGUGGUCGAGUGGCUGGUGGAGAAGGCCAAGGCCAAUGUAAACCGGCAGCUGGACUCGGUGAUGCCGCUGAUGAUGGCCUGCGAUUGCCAGCACAAGGAUCCGUAUGUGGCGGAGAAAAUAGUGCGCCUGCUCCUGCGCCACGGAGCCGUGGUCAAUGUAUCGGACAAAUACGGAAUGACGCCCUUUAUGUUCGCCUGCCAGAAUGGAUUCACCGGCGUGGUGCGUCUCCUCAUCAAGGACGUCAGCUUCGAUGCUGUGGACAAUCAGGGCUGCACGCCCAUCUUCCAUGCCAUCGAAAAGAACCACGUGGAGGUGGUCAAGCUGCUGGUGGAGGCGGGCGUGAAUGCCACGAUAGCCAACAACAAGGGCUACACGCCCACCCAGGUGGCCGAGUGCCAUGGAUACUACGAUCUGCUGGAGAUCCUGCCGCGUCCGGCAUCCACCUACCUGGUGCCCACGCACUUUCUGGGCUACAACACCCUGAGGGAUCACAUUCCACGCAUCUUCCUGAAGAGCGACUGUCCGGAGUAUUUCCAGGAGCUGAACGGCAUCCUGCAGUCCAUCAAUGUGACCAAUAUGAUUCAGCACUUUGCCAUCGCAAGGACCUCGCUGGCCGAGUUCUUGGUCAUGGAUGAACCGAAGCUCAAAGAGGUGGGCAUCGAGUAUCCCAUCUACCGUCACAAAAUACUGAAGGGCAUUCUGGACUUCCAUCUGCAUCAUUGGUGUAACUCGUCGAUAGCUCGAGUCAAGGAGAAUGAAAUGGACAACUUCUAUGAGAUCCUCAUGAUUGCCGCCAAUCAUCUACAGCAUUUGGUCAUCAUUCAGGCAUCCUUGCGGUUCGUUUUGAAGAACCAACAAGAAAACCAAAUGGGGCAACCAGACGAAAAGCAGCUGGCCACUAUUAAAAGCAAUAUGCAGGGAUACCGCGAUGUCCUCAACCAACUAACAAAGACGGUUAAAUAUCUUGGUUCGUUCAGUCCCCCGCAGAAUCCCCUCUUCAUUGACUUCAACGAAAUCCUGGCCGAGCGAAAACGCAAGAAAGUGCGCAACUAUUUCAAGUACACAACCAUUAUCCUCGGAAUCUCAGUUUUCAUUUGCCUCAAGUGCAAAUGGUUCUCAUAGUAUUCAUAGCAGAGCAUUUCCAUUAUCAUUGCUAACGUUUUGCUGUACAAAUAACGUUGUUUUCCUUACCGCUUGGUAAUCACCAAAAUCAAAAUAGUUGUAGUGAAAAGAAAUCUUUAAGUUUAAUGGAUUAAAUACCAUU